AUGGAGCUGUGUAGUGGAACUCUAGUGUCACCACUCUCCCCUCUGUCCACUCUCUCUGUCAAGUUGUGUAUGUGUGGGAGUGUCAUUGUUGACCUUGUGUUCCCUCUGCACCAUCUCUAUCAUAGAUUGAACUAACUGUGUCUGUGGUCAGAGUGUGUAUCUAUCUGUAUUGUAGUUUCAUGUAGGCUAACCUCUCUUUCUCCUCUCUCUCUACCAGGGAUCGAGUUGUGCCUACCAGCCUGGCGUUUCUCCAUGACCAUGGUUGCCAGCUUCGUGGUGCUGGGUGGGCAGCUCCUGAUGCCAGGGAUGGCAUAUCUCUGUCGAGACUGGCAGGUCCUGCAGGCUGUCAUCAUCUGCCCGCUGCUCCUCAUGCUGGCUUAUAUCUGGUGAGGACAACACCUACUUUACUCCCCAUCUCAGGCAAAGCGCAAAACUGUUCUGGGACCAGGCUAUACUUCAACACCUGCUACAAUUUGGCAUCUCAGUGUUGAUAUAUUUAGCUAUUUAUUGUAUGCAUACAGAGGAUCCCAUUUAUAUUGAAAAUACUGAUUUAAUUCACUUGAUAAGGUGCUACUCCCAAUUAUCCGACACUACAGGUCAUGAUUGGUUUCUGCUUUAUGUUAAUGUGGGUUAUAUUUAUCCAAUGCUCAUAUUAUGUAUGUAUGAAAUGAGUAUGGGGCCAGUGGGGCAUGGGAGAACUCGGAAAUGCAGUAUUAUCUGUGUAGUUCCCAGGACACUGGAGUUUAAUCAGAGAUGUAUAGAAUCAGAGGGAAGCUUCUUGGGAUUUUUCCAGCUCUGUUUCCCUCUGUAAUAACAAUACCUAAUCACCUAUUAUAUUUGUAGCUUAAGCUACUGUACAUGUUACUAUAGCUGGUAUUUUUAAAGCCUGGGUAAUAAGUCAUAAUUAAUUAACCACCUGAGUCUGAAAAUGGUGUGUAUGUGUGUGUGUGUGUCUGUGUGUAUAUACAGUAUAUAUAUAUAUAUAUAUAUAUAUAUAUAUAUAUAUAUAUAUAUAUAUAUAUAUAUAUAUACUGUAUAUAUACACGGACACACACGGGGACACACAUGGACACACACCAUUUUCAGAUUCAGGGAUUCCCACAGAGCCUGAGGAGGAGACUGAUUUAUUGAGAUUCCUAUCAGCCUCUCAUUAAAUCCCAGUGAAAAAAAUUCAUACUAAUUUCAGUCCCCUGUAGCUCAGUUGGUAGAGCAUGGCGCUUGCAACGCCAGGGUUGUGGGUUCGUUUCCCACGGGGGGGCAGUAUGAAAAUGUAUGCACUCACUAACUGUAAGUCGCUCUGAAUAAGAGCGUCUGCUAAAUGACUGAAAUGUUUUUUUUAAAUGUAUUCAGCGGUUCAUAUUGUAUUGAGGAGAGAGUUAGUGAGUGUUCUGUCUUGUCUCCAUGCAGGAUCUUUCCUGAGUCGCUGCGGUGGCUGCUGGCCACUCAACAGUACGGCCGCUCCAAGUGGAUCAUGGGACACAUCAUCAAGAAGAACCAGGUCAACCCCGAGCUGGACACUGACCACAUCCUUACAGGUAGAGAUCACUAUUGUAAUUAUUGCUGUAAUUAACACUAUCUAAUUAGCCCAAGUGUUUCGUCUUUGGUUUAAAUUAGUUUCUUUGCUCUGCUAUGGGUUUAAUUUUGUUAUUUGGAAGUGAAAUGUUUGUUGAUCCCUGAAGUGAAAGGUUCUCCUUAGACAAUAUCUCUAGAAAGGACAGUUAGGCUAGUCUCUAGAUCCUUUUCAUUAUUAUUCACUAUCUAUUAACGUUGAAUACUUUGAACAAAACUCUGGCUGUGUUUACGCAGGCAGCCCAAUUCAGAUCUUUUUUUCACUAAUUGGUCAUUUGACCAAUCAGAUCAGCUCUGAAAAAAAUAUGAUGUGAAAGAUCAGAUGUAAUUGGUCAAAAGACAAAUUAGUGGAAAGAAUAUCAGAAUUAGGCUGCCUGUGUAAACGCAGCCAUGAGCAUACAGUAUAUAAGAAUACCAAUGUUAGUUUCUCUCUGAGACAGAAAGGCCUCGGCAGGCUCAGUAGAGUGUAGGUCCCUGUUGUCCAGUCAACAGUCUAUAUGGAUUAUCUGACUGACGGGGGAAGAUCCCCUUCCUUCCUCUCUGCCUGGUUACCAUAGUAACAGCACUCUCUCCUGGGGGCGGAGGGAUAUCGGCGGCAGGGUAGGAAACCUACACCGUGGCCUCAUGGACCCGACCCUUCGGACCCUAAUUAACUUUAUUAGCAGUGUUGGGGUGUAGUGAACUAUAAGUAGUUUGCAGUAACAAAUUUGCAGUAGCUUGGUGGUAGUUGAACUAAAUUCUAAUCCAGUAGUGUUUUCAGUAGUUACUUACUUUUUUUCCAAGUAGCGGUGUAGCUAUCUACUGGAACUACAUAUUACAUUUUUCCAACAAAAAAUAUCAGACCUGCCUAAUUCUCACUUGAAACAUUGUUUAAAUGUUUAAUAGGAUAAAUACAUGUUCUGUUAACAUCUGACUCCAGACUGAACUUUGUUCUUGCAAUUUGUAGUCUAUGACAUUUCAGAUUUAGAUAGGGUAAUUUAUCACAAAGUAGUUUGGAGUUAAUGAACUACUUUUUCAAAGUAACUUUAGUUAAGUAAACUAUAUUUUUCUUAUGGGUAGCUUUCUUCCAGUGUGAAGUAUUGUUAGUUUGGUAAACUAUAUUUUCAGAGUAGCUUCCCCAACACGGUUUAUUAGGGCCUUUAGAGGGAGGAGGGGAGAAGGAGAUGGGGAGAGGCAUCGCUCAUAGACAACAGAUAGGACCAGGUCAAUCCCUUUGACCUCUACCUUAGUGUCUGGAUAGUGGAUAGGCACAGCCAUAGCCAGGCCAGGCCAGACUCCUGCAGUUUGGACAAGAGAUAACUGGGUGACUCUCAUGAAACCAGUUUUAAAAUGUCUGUAGCAAAUUAAGUUACAAAACCAUGAUGCAUCAUUCUGAGGACUAAGAUGUCUAGUCUUAUUUUAAAUACAUUUAAAAUUUUCGCCUGAAUUUUGUACAUUUCCACUGUAAAUCCUCAUUACCAAAAUGUGUCCGGAUAAAAUUAUCGGGUCAAAUCUUUUUAUAAAUAGCUACCUUAUUUGAAUAAAACACAAAAUAUGUUGCUGUAGUUUGUCCAUAAAUCAUAAGAAUUGUAUACUAAUUGAAGUUUACAUUAAAACUAUAAUAUUUAUUCGGUACAUACAGUGUCUGUGGACAUCUCAUUACGUAACACUUUUUCAAGUUUCUGUAAAAACUUCAAUCAGUUUUUAAAUAAAGUUUUAUUCACCCAUGAUGCACCAUCUAGAGGAUUAUUCCUUAAGUAAAUGUAUUUGCUUAUAUGCCUUCAGAAUUAGGUUCUUAUUCUCAAACACCCCCUUUAUCCCACUUGGCCUUCUCAGUACCGAAACAGCUAAAGAGCUCAAAUUAAUUUGAUAAUAAUUGUAUAAUUUCAUUUGAAAUAUUAGUAUUUUCAGUGUUAUGUUUAACUCACACCUUUUCAUUAGGGGAGCAGUGAAAUAUUGAUUUGUUUAUUACAUUUUUGGACUUCGAUAACUCUUACGGUAAUAGAAAAAAAUUAAAAAAUACUUUUCGGGAUGGUAAAACGUUUUCAGUGUAAACUUAAACGACUAAAACCAUAUAUAAUGUAUGUAGAAAAGAUAACGGAUCAAUAUAUUUUUUCAUAAGAUAAUCUUUGAGAACGAACAAUCACCUAAAUGAUUGCCAAAUAAAAAACUAGACCGUCAGGGAGAAUCUAAAAUUCCAAAAAUGUUAUGGCAUGGGGCCCCCAUUGAUUUUGUUAUAAUAUUUGAGUCACCACUCAGAUAGCAUAAGAACAAGGCAUAAGCCAUGGCAAAAUGUGUAUAAUUGAAGGAAAUUAGCUUUAAAACUGAACUUUCUAUCAGCCCCAUGGCAAAAUGUGUAGAAUUGCAGGAAGCUAACUGUAAAGUGUUCUCUCUGUCCCAUGGUAAACAAAAAAAACACCAACAUAGUGUCUUAAUAUGGCGUUGGGCCACCACGAGUUGCCUGAACAGCAAAUUUUGCCACUGCUGCUGAAGAAAAUCCUAAGGGAAACACUGUAUACAGGUAACUGCCAAAAUAAAGGAAAAACCAACAUAAAGUGUCUUAAUAGGGCGUUAGGCGACCACGAGCCGUCAGAACAGCUUUAAUGCACCUUGGCAUAGAUUCUACAAGUGUCUGGAACCUAUUGGAGGGAUCUUUCACGAGAAUUCCAUUAUUUUGUGUUUUGUUGAUGGUGGUGGAAAACGCUGUCUCAUUCAGUGACCACUUGUGCCCUGUGGAUGGGGGUAUUGUCACCCUGGAAGAGACCACUCCCAUCAGGAUAGAAACGAUUCACCAUAGGUUGAAGGUGAUCACUCAGAAUGGCUGUGUAUUUACUGGUGUUUACCUUGCCCUCUAAGGGGUUGAGUGGACCUAAACCAUGCCAGGAAAAGGCACACCACACCAUAACAGAGCCGCCAGAACCCUAAUUUACUCAAGUGUUUCCUUUAUUUUGGCAGUUACCUGUAGCUGUGCCCUUUUACCUAGGAGGUAUUCUUGUCAGGUAUGAUAUGGCAGAGUAAAAUGCUAACCAUUUACAAAUUAUUAUGUUGCUGUGCUACUCAGAGUAACAGUGAGAAUAGAUAGUAAAACAGAGUUGCUUAAUAUGAAAUCAACUAUUUUCUUAGCAUCCAGAGAUCCUCUAGAGCAGUGUGUCUGUCAGCAGGGCCGUCCCAUUCUUCCUCACACAGCUCUCUGUCCUCCUGUUAUCAUCUGCAUCUAUGGGUGUAGCUAGCUAGAGCAUUCCUUCUCUCUGUAGUGGUAGAGCUAUGCUCGUGUCAUCUUUCCAUGGUGCACCUGGUUCUCUUAGCUGGAGACACUUCACAAUAAAGCCAGAAGCAGCCUCUGGGUGUUUGUCAAAUCAAAUUAAAGUUUAUUUGUCAUUUACACAGUUUACUGCUGGUAUAAACGGUGCAGCGAAAUGCUUACUUGCGAGCUCCCUCGACAAUGCAGUACAAAUAUGAUGUAUUGGGCCGUCCGCACCACCCUCUGUAGAGACCUGUGGUUGAGGGCGGUGCAGUUGUGUGUGUGUGUGUGUGUUAUGUAGCCUUCUGAAUGUAACAUAACUAGCCCCUGAAAAGGGCCACCCGUUUAAGAGCCAAUCAUAGAUGAGGGAUUAUGGCUAUGCUGCUAGGCCAGAGGAUGACUUCAAAGCUCCAUCAUUUUAUAGAGAUAAACUUGGAAUGCUGCCUAUCACGUGCAUAUGUGUGUGCACAUGCAGAAAGUGGAGUUUUGUUUCCAUAGCAACCCAUUAUAUUUCAAAACAUCCGUGCCCCAUGCCAUGAUCCGUGCUGCGCUGGGGCGUUGUCCUCUGAACACAAUCCAUUCAUUCACUCGUCUUCUUUUCCUCUAGUCACCCAAUCCUUCCCCCUGUCAUACCUCUCUCCUGACAGGAAGAGAUGUCACAUGAUGAAAUGUGUUGGAAUGAAUCACAUAGUGUGCAGCUGAAAGUGUCCUUAGACUGCUUCCCUCACCUAAACCCUAACCAUCAUGUGGAAUUAGAUGAAGCUCUGUGGUUGACUGUACAACCUGGUAUAAAGCCUUAUGUGACUUAUUUUCAUUGUUUCAGAGCUGCAGAAAGCGCUUCACAAGAAACCCAAAAAGACAUGUAUUGUAAAGAUGGUGGGGACAAGGAACCUGUGGAAAAACAUUGUGGUCCUCUGUGUGAACUCGUAAGUAUCUUCUUUGUGUGUCUGGCAGUGUGUGUCUGUGUGUGAGUGUGCAUGUGUCCAUGAUGCAGCUGUCAGUAAGACGCCUCUGGGUGUUAAAUGCGGUGGCCGUUGUGCCAUGAUGAUGGGACUAUUGACCUGUCUGCUCGAUGCAGCAUCGACCAACAGUGGCCCUCUGUGCUGUUAGCAGGCCUGUCCGUCCGUCCAUCCAUCCGUCACUCUGUCUGUCUGGGCUGUUAGCAGGCAUGUCUGUCCAUCCGUCUGUCUGUCUGUUUAUCCAUUCAUCCAUCCAUCUGUCUAUCUAUCUGCCUUCAGAAUAAAGAUUCACCUCUUCCCUCACAUAACCCAGUCAUUUAUAGACAUGCAGACAUAGACACAGCCCUUGCUAUUUCAGUGCACGGUGCCCCUGACUCUAGUCUGACCAUGAAUUUUCCAUGAGCUGUGUUCUUAUGAGAGAACUGAGAUUAGCAGGAGAGGGUGUGUGUGUGUGCUUUUGGUUUUGUUUCAGAGGAGACGAGAAGAGAGAUACAUUUUCCUCUUCUUUCUUCUCCCUCACUCUCUGUCCGGACUCAUAUCGUCUUUCGUUACCCUCUCUUCCCAUAUCCCCCUCUCUUUCUUUCUGUCCUCUCUGUACACUCUUUCGGCUCCUCACUCCUUUCUCCCUUAUCUUCAUUCUCUCUCUCCUCAUUCUCUCCCCCUCUCUCCCUCUAUCCAGACUGACUGGCUAUGGGAUCCACCAUUGCUUUGCCCGCAGUAUGAUGGACCACCACGAGACCCACGAGUCCACCAUGUUCCACAACUUCUACGGUGACUACUACACCAUGGCGGGCAUCGCCGUGGCUUCAUGCAUGGCACUGUGCCCUGCGGUGGGCCUGAUGGGGAGGAGGGGAGGCCUACUCAUGUUCAUGAUCAUCACAGCCUUGGCAUCACUGCUGCAGCUUGGCCUGCUCAACUGUGAGUAGCCUACAGUGUUAUACACAUACUGUAUAGUACACACACAUUCACGAACUUGCGUGCACACACACACACACACAAAUAUACACACACACAGGCACACACACAUACACACACUCACACACACACUGCAAGCACUCACACACACAUUCUCACACAGUCUGUGUAUUCUAGCCGCUCACCUUGUCCUAUAUAGCACAAAGCCAUACCCUUGUUGUUUUGGAGUGGGGUUUAAAUGUAGGUCUAUGGGAUGUGGUGUUACUGUGUAACAAGGAUAAAUGAUUGUCUGAAAUCUGUCAGAGUAUUUAGUCCUUUUUAAAGAGUCACUUAUAUGUUAAGUGAACAAAUGUUUAACCUACAACUACACAUACACAUCAAGGUCAAACACACACAACACAUCUUGUGUUGUUAUUUCUGUGGUGGAACUAGUGUGUGUUUUGUGACUGGAAACUUCACUUGUGGUACUGUAUGGCUGUGUCUUCUUUUUUGUGUCUACUAUGCUCUGUGUGCUCUGUGUGGUGUAAUGUGACUACAUAUUAACCUGUGUAUGUUUCCCUCUCUCUCCCUAUGGCUCCUGUAGUGCUGGGGAAAUACAGUGUCCAUCUGAAUAUAGGUACAGUACAACCAUUGAUUUCUCUCCUAUUCAUUCUAGUGGGAGCUCAGCCAAUGUUUCCCUUGUUGAUGUUGCUCUGCCCUAGACUCUGAACUAAUCAAUACCUCAUCAUUCUGGCUCAUAACUGUUUAUCAUGUUUACCGAAUUAUAUUAGCUUACUGCAAAUACUUUAACUGCUUGAUAAAGAACCAAGAAUGUCCUGGGCAGAUGGGAGAAUUCUGCAAUACAUUGAUAACCAAAUUACUGUCCUAAAUGUGGUUCAAGCUGUUAGAAACACAUUAUGAUAGCUGCAGAUGUCCCCAGCGUGAUUUGUUUGAUAUGAUUAGACAAAGAUUGGAGUAACUGACAUCUGUAUAAGAUUGAAGAACACUAAGAAAGAGUCAGCAUUACAAACUAACAGUACUAAAACCAGGGCUUAAAUGUAGCAAUGAGUUUGUUGCACAAUGCUGGUGGUUCAAAGCAAAGGUUGAUUUUUCACUAUCACCUCAACCUAAAUACUGUGACUUUUCCUAUCUCUCCCUUUCUCCCAAUCACUCCCACUCUCUUUCCCACCCACUCUCUAAAAACACAAACUCAAACUCAUUGCAGAGUUCAGUCAGGUCCCGACAGCACAAACCAUGACGUGUCAUUUCAGUUUGACAACUACGACGAGUGACAGUUCAGAGGAACCAUGUGACUGGCUCAGUAUGCCUGUAGGCAUCAGUGAAUAAAUAAAUAUCUCAAGGACUAGCUAGCUGCGUUCUGUUUACUGCAUAAAUACACAUUCAGAUCCAGCCUGCUUGUCCUUCACAGUGAAACUCAACAACAGACACAUGAAACCAGCAGUUGUACAACCUUAGAAGCUAGUACAUUAUACCUGAUACAAAAUACAUUAUGCCGCAUCACCAUCAUUCAUCUGAUCUAUUUUUGAUCUUGCUUGGUCUUCAUGUAUUCUAGUAAGAGUAACUUCUUCUUAAUGCUAUUUUUCAUUAGAGGUGGAAUUACAAGUCUUCCUGUCUGUGUUCUACUCCCUGAUCCUCCUUUGUAGUGAGAGAAUGAUCCUCUAUGUUUGGCUCUGUCUCAUUGACCCUAACUAACCUCUAGCCCUCCUCUUCCCCUGUGUAUUUAUCCAUCUACUAUAUUCUCUUCAUUCUCUCUAUCCUUAAUCUUCCACCUGGCAGCAAACUGAGCCUGGCCUGUUGUCAGACAGCCAGAGGAUUAGAGAUUAGAGAGGAGCAGCAAACUGAUCCGAGACCAGCCUCAGAUUAUCCUCUUUGGGCAACUUAAACAUCUUUCAUUUAGACACAAAACUGAUCCGAGACCAGCCUCAGAUGAUCCUCUUUGGGCAACUUAAACAUGUUUCAUUUAGACACCAAACUGAUCUGAGACCAGCCUCGGAUGAUGCAAUUUAAACAUGCCUCAUUCAGACAUCAAACUGAUCUGAGACUAGCCUCAAUUUAGACAUGUCUCAUUCAGCAGCACUGUGUGAGUUAGUUCCAGGGUUGUUUUGUUGUUGUUUAGCUGAGGAUCAGACAGAUAGACGUCAGAGUAAUCCUUCAGGGCUUAUUGAGUUAAAUGGAUAACAUGGUCAGGGUGAUGGACAACAUACAGUAUGUUCAAGAACAUACACGUCAUAGGAAUUAUGUAACCAUCUACAUAUGUUAUUUAUAAACCCAUAGUUUUAUGUCAAGAUGGCAGGAAAUGUGUUGUUGAAGUAGUAGGAUCAUCCUUCAAUAACACCCUGCUCUUAGUAGAAAGCAUAGGUACUUUUCAUGCUCAGUGCAUUGAGCAUUCAUAAGAGCGUCAUUCAUCUAUCAAGGUUAGAUAUAGUAUUUUCCUUUGAGCUUAUCUCACCUUUCUACAUUAGAAUGUAUUCUCUCUGUAUAAUGGCUGGAUAACUGUUAUGUUUGUUUGCUUUCUAAGCAGAGUGCUCAUAUACACUAAUCUCACUUUAAUAAUUUAGGCUGAAUCGUGUUUAAUGGCUGACUCGUGUGUUGUCUUCUUUCUGUGCAGAGCACUCGGAUACACUUAAUAAGAACUUCUCCAUCGCCUUCUCCAUCAUCGGCAUGUUCUCCUCCCACGCUGUCAGCAACCUGAGCAUCUUCUUCUGCGCUGAGAUCACCCCCACUGUCAUCAGGUGAGCCCACCCACACACCUCUGGAGCGUACCACUGAGGGGGGUUGAGGGAUAGGUUUCAGAGGGGGCUGUGAGGAUUUGUGCCGGCCAGGGUUGAGGAGAGAGCAUGUUUUAGGCCUCAUGGGAAUUGAAAACAGGGUUUCAUUUUAUUCCCCUUUUAUUCAGAGAUGGCUUGAGUAAAAUGUCUGGUUAAUUUUAAAACAUUUUACAGAACAUUCACUCUGUCAAGCGAUGUAAAUAUACUGUAUACAAAUUUGGAAUUGGAGAAAGAUAAAGAGGUGUGUAGUCUGAAGGUUGCUGUCAUCACGUAGUGUGAAGGGAAAAUACCCUGUGUUUUAUGAUGCUCAUUAUUGUAAUAUAAUGUAGUCUCAGUCUUUUGAUCUCAAUAGAGAGGUUAAUGACUUAAGGUUGCUCUGACCUGCUAGGAUAUUACAACCCUGCUGUUAGCACAGCACUCCCACCAUGGAUCUCUUCUUACAUGCCCCCCUCUAUAACAAAGUAAGGGUGUAGUUCUAUAUCCACAUAUUGUUUGAAUUAUCCUUUCCCUCUUUGGACAAACUAUGACACAGCUUUGGAUCGUCAUGAUGGUGUGUUGUAUUAUGUAAGGUAUGGUGCGCUGCACUGCCUCGAGUGACUGGAACGCCACCUGGUGGCCAGUCACAGACCAGAAAGGAGAGAAAUGAUGGUACUGCUUUGGCAGGAUUCACUUACAAAUCAAAUCAAAUUUUAUUUGUCACAUGCAUCGAAUACAAGGGGUCUAGUCUAUACCGUGAAAUGCUUGGUUAUGAGCCCUUCCCAACGAUGCAGAGUAAAAAAAUAAAAGUAAUAGUAACACAUGAAUGAAUCUACAUCCAGGGAGUAUCGGUACCAGAUCAAUGUGCAGGAGUACGAGGUAAUUUAGGUACAUAUUUACAUGAAGGCAGGGUAAAGUGACUAAUAAUAAUAGUAAUAAUAAGAGUAAAAUAAAGAACAGAGUAGCAGCAGAAAGUAUUCACAACCCUUGAGUUGUUCAUUUUGUUGUGUUACAGCCUGAAUUCAAAAUUGAUUACAUUUAGAUUUUGUGUCACUGGCCAACACACAAUACCCUCUGUAGCUCAGCUGGUAGAGCACGGCGCUUGUAACGCCAAGGUAGUGGGUUCGAUCCCCGGGACCACCCAUACACAAACAUGUAUGCACGCACGACUGUAAGUCAUUUUGGAUAAAAGCGUCUGCUAAAUGGCAUAUUAUUAUUAUUAUUAUUAUGUCAAAGAGGAAUUAUGUUUUUAGACAUUUUUACAAAUAAAUUACAAAUAAAAAGCUGAAAUGUCUUGAGUCAAUAAGUAUUCAACCCCUUUGUUAUGGCAAGCCUAAUUAAGUUCAGGAGUAAAAAUGUGCUUAACAAGUCACAUAUGUUGCAUGGACUCUGUGUGCAAUAAUAGUGUUUAACAUGAUUUUUGAAUGACAACCUCAUCUUUUUAUCCCACACAUACAAUUAACUGUAAGGUCCCUUAAUCAAGCAGUGAAUUUCAAACACAGAUUCAAUCACAAAGACCAGGGAGGUUUUCCAAUGCCUCGCAAAGAAGGGCACCUAUUGGUAGAUGGGUAAAAAAAAAAGCCGACAUUGAAUAUCCCUUUGAGCAUGGUGAGGUUAUUAAUUACACGUUGGAUGGUGUAUCAAUACAACCAGUCACUACAAAGAUACAGGCGUCCUUCCUAACUCAGUUGCCGGAGAGGAAGAAAACAGCUCAGGGAUUUCACCAUGAGGCCAAUGGUGACAUUAAAACAGUUUAACACUAGAACCGCCAUAGGCCAAUGGCCACUGACGUUUGAUUUUGUAAAUUUUUUAAAAAUCUGCCAAAAGAAAUUGCUAUGUCCUGCUCCUUCCUUGACUUUUCCUAAAUGUUUGUAUUAUAUCAGAAUUUUGAAAUCACAAACACAAAAGUAUUUAGAGCCUUUUUACUUUUUUUUCACACCUAUUCCUAACUUAAACCGCUAAGACAAUGUGCUGUAGGACAUUGGUACCCAGCCAGGCGCUAAUGCAUCUUGCUCUCCUCACUGAGUGAAUGACAAAUGGAUGAAUGGGUGAUAAUUGUGCACCUUCCUUCACAAUUACUUUUAAAUUAGGCCUAACUGAAUGAUAAGGAGGGUGAAGAGGUUGAUUUAAUUUAGAAAGACAAUAGCGUAAUGAUGCUUUUGUGUUAUGCCUAUUUAUCAGCAGCAACUAAUUUGACCACGCGCCUUGGGGGUUGAUACCAUUCUCUUUUAAGUUGUACUUUAAAAAAAUAAGCUGUUAUGGGACUGUUUUAUUUACUAUAACUCUAUUACUAAUCAGAUUUGUUGUAAGGGAAAUGAAAACAUGCUACAUGUUGCAGUAGGCCUUUUGAAUAAUUCAAAACAUAUCCUUGACUCUAUCCAGCGAAGCAAAUGAUGCCAGCUCACUGAAUAAAUGACAAAUGGAUGGAUGGAAUUGGCGAUAAUUGUGCAAGUUACUUCACAAUCAAAUUUCAAUUAGGCCUAACUGAAUGAUGAGGGUGAAGAGGUUGAUUUAAUUUAGAACAACAAUAGUGUAAUGAUGAGUUUGUGUAAUAAGAGUUAGCCUAUAGACAAGAUUAAAUUGACAAUAAUCUGAUGAGCGACAAUAUUAGGCCUAUCAGUUAUCAAAUUGUACAUGAAGAGAUGGGUCUUUCUUGUAAUUUACAAAUGCAUGGAAAGGAGCAUCACUGUAUCAAAUCCUCCAUCAGAGUCACAUGCAGGUAAAACAUGUUUAUUUUUAUAUAGUAUCAGGAAGAGCAUAUUCUGCAGUUUCUAUUACGCUUACCUUUGUCAAAUAACUCUCAUAAUUCAAGAGGUGCAGCUCUAUUUCCAAGAAUAUCUGUGCUAUCCAUGCAUUCAGCACAUGACCACUAGCGCAGCAGCAUUGCUCUGUCUACUAAGCAAAAACUAGUAACAUAAUAAACUUCAAAUUAAAAUAUGCAAUUCAUCCUUUACAAUUGUUCAUGCACUGGUGCUUUUGUUUAGCAAUACAGCAAAUAAUGUCACCUGUGCACCUGGCUGGUUAUAUUAUUAUUAUAUUUUUUGUUUCUACUUUGUCAAAAGAAGCUGUAACUGGACUUUAUUAAUUACUACUGUAUAACUCUAUUAUUAAUUUAAUCUACAGAUAAAGUUGAUCAAAUGGAUUAAACUGUAAUAUUUUUAUUGUAAUGGAAAACGAAAAUAGGCUGUAGGUCUAUGUUUUUUCUAGGACUUUGUAGAAUUAUACAAAACAUAUUCUUGACACUAUCUAAAAAAACAACUAUUUUUUUUAAAUGUAUUUAUAUAUUACCACAAAUAUGUCUUAAUGCAAUUAAUCCUUUACAAUAGUUUAUGUACAAUUUAUCAAGUGUUGGUGCUUAUGUUUUGCGCACCUUGUGGGUUGAUAUGGAUCUGAUGCGUCUGCUAAAGUUGACAGCCAUCAACGUUCUCUAGCGAGUACUUGUAGGCUGAAAGGCCAGGUGGUUCUAGUAUUAAUGGAUAUGAUUGGAGAAAACUGAGGAUAGAUCAACAACAUUGUAGUUACUCCACAAGGAAGCCUGUACAGAAUACAAAUAUUCCAAAACAUGCAUCCUUUUUGCAAUAAGGCACUAAAGUAAAACAGCAAAAAAGGUGGCAAAGAAAUGAACUUUAUGUCCUGAAUACAAAGCAUUAUGUUUGGGGCAAAUCCAACACAACACAUCACUGAGUACCACUCUUCAUAUUUUCAAGCAUGGUGGUGGCUGCAUCAUGUUAUGGAUAUGCUUGUCAUCGGCAAGGACUAGGGAGUUCUUUAGGAUAAAAAAAAUCUAACUAAUAAAGCUAAGCACAGAAAAAAUCCUAGAGAAAAACCUGGUUCAGUCUGCUUUCCAACAGACACUGGGAGACAAAUUCACCUUUCCACAGGACAAUAACCUAAAACACAAGGCCAAAUAUACACAGGAGUUGCUUACCAAGGCAACAUUGAAUGAUACUGAGUGGCGUAGUUACAGUUAAAUAGGCUUGAACAUCUAUGGCAAGACUUGAAAAUAGCUGUCUAGCAAUGAUCAACAACCAAUUUGACAGAGCUUGAAGAAUAAAAAAAAAAAUUUUAUGUGCAAAUAUUGUACAAUUCAGGUGUGCAAGGCUCUUAGAGACUUACCCAGAAAGACUCACAGCUGUAAUCACUGCCAAAGUUGAUUGUAACAUAUUGACUCAGGGGUGUGAAUUCUUAUGUAAAUCAGAUUUCAGUAUUUCAUUUUCAAUACAUUUGCGAAAAUGUAUAAAAACAUGUUUUCGCUUUGUCAUUAUGGGGUAUUGUAUGUAGAUGUGUGAGAUAAAAAAAGUAAUUUAAUCAAUUUUGAAUUCAGGCUGUAACACAACACAAUUUAGAAUAAGUCAAUGGGUAUGAAUACUUUCUGAAGGCACUCUAUAAUGAGUGUAAAAGUGUGUGUGUGUGCGCACGUGUGUGUGUAUGUACAGUGGGGAGAAAAAGUAUUUAGUCAGCCACCAAUUGUGCAAGUUCUCCCACUUAAAAAGAUGAGAGAGGCCUGUAAUUUUCAUCAUAGGUACACGUCAACAAUGACAGACAAAUUGAGGAAAAAAAAUCCAGAAAAUCACAUUGUAGGAUUUUUUAUGAAUUUAUUUGCAAAUUAUGGUGGAAAAUAAGUAUUUGGUCACCUACAAACAAGCAAGAUUUCUGGCUCUCACAGACCUGUAACUUCUUCUUUAAGAGGCUCCUCUGUCCUCCACUCGUUACCUGUAUUAAUGGCACCUGUUUGAACUUGUUAUCAGUAUAAAAGACACCUGUCCACAACCUCAAACAGUCACACUCCAAACUCCACUAUGGCCAAGACCAAAGAGCUGUCAAAGGACACCAGAAACAAAAUUGUAGACUUGCACCAGGCUGGGAAGACUGAAUCUGCAAUAGGUAAGCAGCUUGGUUUGAAGAAAUCAACUGUGGGAGCAAUUAUUAGGAAAUGGAAGACAUACAAGACCACUGAUAAUCUCCCUCGAUCUGGGGCUCCACGCAAGAUCUCACCCCGUGGGGUCAAAAUGAUCACAAGAACGGUGAGCAAAAAUCCCAGAACCACACGGGGGGACCUAGUGAAUGACCUGCAGAGAGCUGGGACCAAAGUAACAAAGCCUACCAUCAGUAACACACUACGCCGCCAGGGACUCAAAUCCUGCAGUGCCAGAUGUGUCCCCCUGCAAAGGGACCAGGACAACUGAUCCGUGUAAAGGAAAGAAGGAAUGGGGCCAUGUAUCGUGAGAUUUUGAGUGAAAACCUCCUUCCAUCAGCAGGGGCAUUGAAGAUGGAAACGUGGCUGGGUCUUUCCAGCAUGAACAAUGAUCCCAAACACACACGCCGUGCAACGAAGGAGUGGCUUCGUAAAAGCAUUUCAGGUCCUGAGUGGCCUCGCCAGUCUCCAUAUCUCACCCUCACCCCAUAGAAAAUUGAAUCUUGUUGCCCAGCGACAGCCAAAACAUCACGCUCUAGAGGAGAUCUGCGGAGAAUGGCCAAAAUACCAGCACAGUGGUGAAACCUGCGAGCGACAGAAAAUUGACCUGUGUCAUUGCCAAAAAGGGUUAUACAAGUUUGGAAACUGUUAUGACCAAAACUCCACCAUAUGACAAAUAAUCAUUACAAAAUCUAAAUGUGAUUUCUGGAUUUUUUUUUUCAGUUUGAUCGUCAUAGUGGUGCCUAUGAUGAAAUACAGCCUUAAUCUUUUUAGGGGAGAACUGCACAUUGGUGGUGAAUAAUACUUUUUCUGAUGUGUGUGUCGUGUAGUGUGGGGUUUGUUGUCGGUUUGAUGUGUGGUGUUACGAUGUAUGUUGAAUGUAAUGUUGGAAGUGUGGGGUUGUGUCAGGUAGUGGAGCUGUAUAUAGAGUUAUGUAGUUGUGAUGUCAGAUAAGUGCAAUGGGUCAGUGCAACGGGUACAUUAUAAUGAUUUACGUCUAUGGUAUUUCGCAGUUAUUGAGGAAAAAGCUGCGGACUGUUGGUCUGAAUCGAUUGUUUGCCGAUGGUAGGGAGUGAACAGUCGUGGCUUGAUGGCCUGGGGUCUUUGGCCAUUUGGCACACCGCCUGAUAAGAGGUCCGGAUGGAGGAGUCGGCCCAUGAUGUGGGCAGUCCGCACCACCCUAGUGAGCGCUUGCGGUGAGGCGUGCAUUGCCAACCCGUGGUGAUGAGUGUCCUUAGUGAAGAACGUUUUGAGGAUCGAGGGCCCACCAGACUGGGGGGAUGAAGCGCUGUCGUGCCUCUUCACGACUGCUGUGGCUGUGUGAGUGGACCAAAUUAAGUCCUUAGUGAUAUGGACACCAAGGAACUUGAAGCUCUCGACCGGCUCCACCACAGUCCCAUCGAUGUGGAUGGGGGCUUGCUCUACUGUAGUCCACAAUCAGCUCCUUGGUCUUACUGAUGUUGACGGAGAGAUUGUUGUCCUGGCACCACACUAGCAAGUCUCUGAACUCUCUGACCGCUGUUGGUGAUUAGGCCUACUACCGUCGUGUCGUCAGCAGACUUGAUGAUGGUGUUGGAGUCAAGGAGGGGACUGAGCACGCACUCCUGAGGGGCCCCCGUGUUCAGGGUCAGCGUGAUGGAGGUGUUGUUGCCUACUUUCUUCAAGCCUCUUGGUUACAGCAGAUUAAUUAAAUUCCUUCCUGGAUCAAGAUCCCUGUUACCUAAAUUGUUUUGUGCGUUAAAAAAAAUAGCACCCCUUGUAUGCACAUUCAGUAAUACCGUAUACCCCGGUAUGGUACAGAAAAGGUAUUACGGUACGAAAAUCUGGAUAUCGCCCAACCCUAAUGAUGAUGUUGAUGUGUGUUAUGACCAGCCUUUCAAAGCACUUCAUAAUUACAGAACUCUGGGGUAAAAGAAAGCAAAAGAACUCUGUUCCCUUUGUAUUCACACUGCCAAUGCCUUAAAUGAGGACUCAACUCUUUUGCCAGUUCACUUAAACUAUUUUGUGGUCCGAGUCCUCUUUGCAUUCACAUUGCUAUGUUUAGAAAGGAACCAAGAUCUUUUCCAAAUAUUCACUCAAUGCAUUCUAGGCUUUUACAAAGUGCAGGACAAGCCAUUCCAUCAAAAUGUGUUAUCUGACUGCUAGAUAUACCUACUUACAUUUUGGAUGCUAAUAGAUUGCAUUUAGUUAAAAGAUUAUGGAAUUGCUUUAAGAUGGUCAUACCAUAGAUCAUUUAGCUAUUUCAUUUGAAAUUAUAGGACCCCUUUAGGUAUAAACAAAUAUAUAUAUAUAUUAUUUGAUAAAUUAUUGAAUUUGUCCUUUACUAUUAUAGCCCAUAGAAACGCAUUCAAUAACAGGAAAAAAGACAGUAAAAAAAAAUGCCAUAACAAAUACGAUUUUGAAGUGUCUGUCCUAGUGUCUGUUAAAUCUAGGAGAUAUAAGAAAGCUCAGGAAAUAUAUAUAUAUUUUUACACACAUUUUAGGCCAAACCGUUCGGACGCUACAGACGUUUUCGUGAGAAGACAGAUUUUCGGGAUGUCAUGGUCUGACAAACACCAUGGUACCUCGGCCACCUUCUACCGUAGAUGCGGAAGGCCGGCAUAGGCAGAUGUAGUGGAUUGAGAUGCAGCCCAUGCAAAAAACCAAUCUCUAGCUUAAAUUGACAGAAUUGUAUGGGGAUUUUUUUAUUAUGUUACUGCCCCUUUAAAAGCUAGAAUAGAUUUUGUACCCUAUGUUGUGAUUCUGAACAAAUAUGUUGUCUUCUCACACUAUUCAAACAGUUUAUGAAGCUCUCUUAGCCUAUAGAUGACAUGUUGCAAACAAAUAAUCUGUGCAUUCUUGACUAUCGCUAAUCAAUAUCCAAAAACAGCACGUUUUUUGUGGCACCAAUGUGAGGGUUUAUGACAGGGGAAACGGUAUUUCAGUAGUCUAGUGUGUAGUGUGGGAAUAAUUACAAGUGAACCUGGGAAGCUUUGUGUUCACAUUGCCCUAAAAAAGGGAACCGAAACCAUGGAAUUCAAGCAAAACUCAUUCAGAACACCUCUCGAGAUGGUCUCAGUUCAGUUCGCUUUGGGGGCUCUUCUGAGGGGUCUGAGUUUCUUUGGAGCGUUCACACUGCACAAAACAAUUAAGCAAACUGCACUAAGUUCACAAAAAUUGUCUGAAAGGGGCCAAGUGUGAAAACACCCUUCUCACAUCGAUCAUGUAGAGCGAGAUCACACAGUGAUCGGGAACAGGAGCUUUCACGCAAGACUCAGUGUUGUAUUUCUCGAAGUGAGCAUAAAAGGCAUUUAGCUCGUUUGGUAGUUCUGCAUCACUGGGCAUCUCAUGGCUGGGUUUCCCUUUGUAAUCCGUUAACGUCUGCAAACCCUGCCACAUAAGACGAGCAUCGGAGCCGGUGUAAUAGGAUUCCAUCUUCCUCCUAUAUUGUCCUUUUGCAUGUUUGAUUUUGCGUCUGAGGUUGCCACGGGCUUUGUUGUAUUUGUCCAUGUCCGUGUCCCGUUUCUUGUAAGCAGUAGCUCUAGUGUUUAGCCCAGCGCGGAUAUUGCCUGUAGUCCAUGGGUUUUGAUUUUGAUACAUUCGUAUUGUCACUGUGGGGACGACGUCGUCUAUGCACUUAUUGAUGAAGUCUGUGACUGAUGUGGUAAACUCCUCAAUGGUAUCGGAUGAAUCAUGGUAUUGCAACGCUCUCUGCUGUUGUGGCCUUAAAAUGGCUGAUAGGAUAUGUCAAUAACACAAUAAUCACCAAGUGUGUCUGCAUAAGGAAAUUAGACUAGUAGGGGCUUGAAUGUGGAAUGUGCCAUUGAAUGUGAAUAUAGAGAAAACCUUGAAAUUGAAUAAAUUCAGACUGUAGCUAAGCAGAUCAUUGCACUGGAAAUAGCAGAGGUUGCAGGGCACACCCUUUCUACAGAAUGGAUCAGGUUUAAAGACAAUGGGGCGGUUUUGUGAUCGGAAGUAGUCAUGUGCUUCAGAGAUGGUGACUUCCUAACUGACGUUACAUGUCUCCCUUUGUAGGGGUGGUGGUCUGUAUCCUCUCAAAUCUACAUGAGAGCUGCCUUAGAGAGUAGGGGGCAGGGGUGGUUUGAGAUUGGGUGUAGAUGUGUAGACUUCAGAAGUGAUGACUGACAUGACGUUCCUUGUCUCUCUCCGUAGGGGAGGUGGUCUGGGCCUGGUACUGGCCAGCGCUGGCUUCGGCAUGCUGACCGCCCCCAUCAUGGAGCUGCACAAUCAGAAGGGCUACUUCCUCCACCACAUCAUCUUCGCCUGCUGCACCCUCAUCUGCAUCAUCUGCAUUCUCCUUCUCCCCGAGACGCGCUACCAGCCCCUGCCCGAGACUCUGGCCGAUGGGGAGUGCUACACCCGCCAGCCCCUGCUGCCCCCCAGGAAACCUGGCGAACAGCGCCUCCUCCUGGCCCAGUCAGAGAGUAGCAGGGACUACACCCGGGUCCACGACCCGCCACUGCACGAGGUGCCCGCCACCGGCGUAUUCACCAUGGACUCCACGGCAUCCUCCGCUGUUGACCUCACGGCACCGUCGGUUAUAGAUAUUUCGGCGCCCCCCGCCAUAGAGUUGACGUCCCUCGAGCCUGAGCCUGAUCUUGAUAGCGUGCCCCUGGUUAAGCAAGACCUCAAUGGGCGAUCUGGUACUCCCAUGGCGGCCCUAGAUAAGGCAGGCGUCGUACUGCCUAGUAAAGAGUACCUGUUAUCUUCCACACCUAGAAAUAGUGCCCCCACUGCUUCCAAUCCCCUUCUGAAGUCCACUGAAGAUUCCACUGAUAUACCCCUCAUUAAUUAUGUUGCCUCUGCAUCCAUUUUCAUUGUUGAGGAUGAGACAGCUCUCUCCCCUACUAAGGAAGUUACCACUGCCCCUGAUACAGAAGACAUCUCUACCGCCAUCUUGGUCAACACCAUUCCCCCUGUUAUUGAAACCCAUCCUAUCUCUUCAUUGGACUCAACCACUCCACCAGUACUUGAUUCAUCCCCUACCUCCACAUUGGACUCUACUCCUCCUGCUGUCAUAAAAACCACCCCUACAUUGGAGUCUAUCAUUCCCCCUGUCAUAGAAACCACCCCUAUAUUGGACUCUACCAUUCCCCCUGUCGUAGAAACCACCCCUACAUUGGACUCUACCAUUCCCCCUGUCAUAGAAACCACCCCUACAUUGGACUCUACCAUUCCCCCUGUCAUAGAAACUCCUCAUACCUUGGGCUCUACCACUCCCCCUGUAAUUGUCCCUAUCCCCCCUUCUCCAACGCCCUCCCCUACUCCUGUCAUCAAUGAUAUCGUCCUCCCUCCCCCCAUGGCGGACUUUACCACUCCUAUUGAUUCUAUUGGCCCCAUCACCACAGACUCGAUCAUUCCCAUUCUAAUAGACUAUGUAGAUGACAAACUCCCCCUUCCUCCUCCCCCUACUUCAGACUGUACCAUUCCCCCUGUCACAGACUCUGUCCAUACUCCAGAGUUGGACUCUUCAUCUCCAUGUGUUAAUGAUGUUGUUGUCUCUCCCUCUUCCCCUGUUGUAGCUCAUUCCCCUGUUCAUCCCCCCACCCUCCCACCACCACCACUGCCACCCAUUGACUCAGUUCAUACCUCCACAACAGUGGACUCUUCCACUCCCCCUGUCAUAGACACUGUUCACCCCCCCACUGUGGACUCUACCACUCUCCUCAUCACAGACAUUGUUCAACCCCUUACAUUGGACUCUACCACUCCGCUUUUCAUAGACUCACUGCUCCCCAACAUAACAGACUCUGAGACCACAGAGGCAGCACCUGCUUCCACAAUAAUGGACUGCACCAUUUCCUCCCCAAUAGACUCAGGUAUCCUCCCUGUAAUGGACUGUGCCAUCUCAGAAAACAGUGCUGUCAACGGGGUGGCGUCGUCAUGA